CAAGCGACCUCUAUCUGUACAGCGGUUUCUUUAGUCUUAACAAGCAACGUUUAUGGAUUUACUUCACCACGCUGUGUUUAUGAAUUGUGACUGAUACAGAGCAUAAGGUUGGUGUGGAAUUUUGUAAUAAAAGGAUUCCUGUGUGCCCUGGAAUGUAUCUGCCUAAAAUGAGGAACUGUUGAGCACUGUCUGGUCAGUUUGGAACCAUACUGUGUGUGGAUGCCUCCGACUCUCGCUGGAUGAUUCCAUCUCUAUGAUGAAAGGCUUAUCCGGCAGCCGCAGCCACCACCACAUGGUGACCUGUGACCCCUCCUUGGACUCCAUGGGUCACCACAUGGACCACAAGCCCUACCUCAUCAGCCAAAUUGAGAACUCCCUCCCAGCCGACCACUCCUACUACUCCCAGAGGAGCCCCUACCAGUCUGACUGUGUUGUGCCUUAUGGGACCUUCCCUCGUAGACACUACAGUUCUCAGCAUGAUUCGAAGGAUGAGACUGCUGUGGUUCCCUACACUGGGGGAGGGGUUCCAGCCAACAAGGGCCCGCGACUUCCCGUUUCCAUAUUGGAUCAGUUUGACCGCCAACUCCCAGGGCCUCGGGACGGUUACCACACAUUACAGUACAAGCGUGCCGCCGCAGCGUUGGAACAACGGAGCGACAGCCCUGGCCGAAUUCGGCAUCUGGUGCACUCUGUCCAGAAGCUCUUCACCAAGUCCCACUCUCUAGAGGGCCCACAACAUGCUCAUGCCCAUGGCAAGGGCAGCAUAAAUGGAGGCAAAGCCAGUCCCGAUGGAGACCCUCCCGCUAUUCGGCACCGGAAGCGUAGCAAGAGCAGAGAACGCUGCAAGUCGGCAGAGCCCAAGAACAGGACGCCACCAUCUGGAUACUGGAGCUCUGAUGACUUGGAACGUGAGGCCUGCCUGUUUCAACACGGACUACCAGGCGUCAUGACCAUGGGCCGGCACCCGGAAAAGUCCCAGUCCCAGUACUUCCUGGAGGCAUACAACACCAUCAAUGACCAGGCGCUAAAAAACUCCCGCAGCAACAAUGAUUUAGGAAAGUGCUCUACCUGCACAAGCAUACCGCUGAGUGUGGAUGCUACACAGCUCGUGAAGAAGAGCUUGUGGUCGUCCUCUCUCACGGUGAGCAGAGCACGUCAAGUCUACCAGAAGGCCUCGGUAAAUGUAGAUAAGGCUCUAGUGAAAGCAGAGGCUUGUCAGCAGGACCGCUCAUGCCAAUUCUUGCAGGUCCCUCAAGACGAGUGGGGAGGCUUUCCACUAGGCAAGGAUGAAGAUAUUCCAUGCAGACGCAUGCGCAGUGGCAGCUAUGUGAAAGCCAUGGCAGAUGAUGACAGUGAAGACUCAGAUGGGAGCCCUAAACCCUCGCCCAAGAUGCAGGCGCGACGGGCUAGCUACCUCAAAGCCACCCAGCCAUCGCUUACAGAGAUGGCCACUUUAAAGAUCUCCACAGAACACUCUCCAAAGCUGCAGAUCCGGAGUCACAGCUACUUACGAGCGGUGAGUGAAGUUUCCAUCAAUAGGAGCCUGGACACCCUGGACCCCAAAGCUCUGCUUGCCUCUCCCCAAUACCGCUCGCGCAACGAGAGCUACAUGAGGGCUAUGAGCACCAUCAGCCAGGUGAGUGAGGUGGAGGUUAACGGGCAGAUCGAGGCAAUGUGUGAGAGCAUGUUCAGUGAAAUGGAGUCACAGGCAGUGGAUGCCCUAGACCUGCCCAUGCCCGGCUGCUUCCGUAUGAGGAGUCACAGUUACGUGCGUGCCAUUGACCAGGGUUGCUCGGAAGAUGAGGAAGAUGGGUCUCUGCUUCCAGCCUCCCCCCCACGGACCACCACUACUGUCAGAACCAUACAGAGCAGCACAGUAUCGUCUUGCAUCACCACUUACAAAAAGACUCCUCCUCCAGUCCCUCCCCGCACCUCCACCAAGCCCUUCAUCUCUAUCACAGCCCAGAGCAGCACUGAGUCUGCGCAGGAUGCUUACAUGGAAUGUCCCAGUAUGCGGGGUGAGCCAGUCCUCCAUUCCGGUCUCAGCAAUUCCACUGAGAGUAUUGACAGCAUGAAAGCCCUGACGGCAGCCAUCGAGGCGGCCAAUGCUCAGAUCCACGGCCCAGCCAGCCAGCACGUCAGUAACAGCACCGUUACAGUUAGCACCAGCCCCUCUCCCCUGCCACUGCCAGUACCCAUAGCCAUAACUGCCAUGGAUGACGUCCGUAGGGAUGUGCUCAGGAAGGGCAGAUGCCUUUCUAUUGGCAUCCAGGUGGAUGGGCCUGAUGACCAGGAACUAGAGGACCAGUCCAAGUUUCAGUCAGUGGGAAUUCAGGUUGAAGAGGAGCAUGGUCACCGGCGGUUCAAGCGCUCUAACAGUGUAACAGCAGCAGUACAGGCUGAUCUGGACACUCCAGACUAUACGCCAGCUGAUUCUCCUGUCACAGAUUUCCCCUCUUCAGGCUGUUUGUCACGGCAGUACUCACGCGAUGCCGCCACUUCCACCGUCAGCAUCCAGGGCUCAGGGAACCACUACCAUGCCUGCACAUCAGAUGAUUUUGAGGAUGUUGGGUUUGACCCCUCCAUCCUGCCCCCACCUGACCCGUGGAUCGACAGCGUGACGGAAGACCCCUUGGAGGUCGUGGGCCACUCAGUGUGCCAGCGUGAUGGCCGCUGGUUCCUCAAGCUGCUGCAGGCAGAGACAGAGCGCAUGGAGGGCUGGUGCAAGCAGAUGGAGCAGGAUGAGAGGGAAAAUAGGCUACCUGAUGACAUCUUGGGAAAGAUCCGCAGUUCAGUGGGAAGUGCACAGCUGCUUAUGUCUCAGAAGUUCCAGCAGUUCAGGGAGCUGUGUGAAGAGAAUCUGAACCCAAAUGCUCACCCAAGGCCAGUGGCUCAGGAUCUGGCAGGGUUCUGGGACAUGCUCCAGCUCUCCAUUGAGAAUAUCAGCCUCAAGUUUGAUGAGCUGCACCAACUCAAAGCCAACAACUGGAGGCCCCUCGACCCCCCUGAGAGAAAGAAUGAGAGAAGGCUGCCUCCCCCAGUGCCAAAGAAACCCCCGAAAGGCCACCCUCCAUUGGCCAGAGACCGCUCGCUGGAGAGCACCGAGAAGCAGCGUCAAGAGGCACGCAAGCGUUUGAUGGCGGCCAAGCGAGCUGCUUCGGUGCGGCAGAACUCAGCCACAGAGAGCGCAGACAGCAUCGAGAUCUAUAUACCUGAGGCACAGACCAGACUAUGAAACUACCAAACACAAAUACACACUCACACACAAAUGCUCAAGUGAGCAGAGCACAUCACACAGAAUUGUGUUUGCCUAAUGCUAAGAUCACUGUAUAUUAGGAGCAACUACACCAGCACCAUGAAAGCACAGUAGUAGUAGUAGUAGUAAUAGUAGUAGUAAUAGUAGUAGUAGUAGUAAUUUGACCUUUCAUUAAAAGAGAAAAAGACUUCCAACGUAGACAUAAAUCAUAUUCCAUGACCCCAAGCCAUAACUAGAUCAAACAUAGGCACAUACACACCAUUUGGAGCCCAGUUAAUUUAUAUUAUUAAUAUUUAAUAUGUAGUUUGUCUGUAAACGGCACACUCCACGAAUAUGGAUACUUUUGAAUACUUUUGUGUACCAUUACUUUUUUUGAGCAUUAGAGACACAAAUCCCAUGUUUUUGUUGUUAGAACUAUUAGAUAUAUUAGAUGAACUAUUAUCUAAAAUAUCUAGACUGUAUCCAACAGUUACAAUUGUAACCGUGUCAUAAUUUUGACAAUCUAUUUAACUUGUAUUCUAUUUAAUUAGUUUUUUUUAAAAGCCUUGUUUAGUUAGUAGUAUUAAUGACCAAGAAUGCAAUAAUCACCUGGAUUCCACAUUUUUGCUUGCAACCAUGUUACUGCAUUGUUGCUGUUACAAAAACAAUAUUACAUUUGUUACACCCAAGAAGCAGCAUUGUUUGGACCAUGUCUACCACAUUGCAGAAAGAGAAGUAAAAAAAUAUAAUUUAUUGUUAUUUAUUUAAUAAUUUAUUCAAUGAUAUUGUAUGUUGGCUGCAUUUAUAAAGAUCAGCAUGAUCAGAAAAAAUAUCAAAUAUCUUGAAUAUUUGGAAACUAAAAGUUUAUCAAUAAAGUGAAUAGAUUGAUUUAGCUUAGUAAGGCUAAAUUUGCAACAC